AUGGACUUCAUUGCUGAUAGUGUGCAUGUUGAACCUGUAGUCAGUAAUAUUGAAAAUAAUAUGCUUGAUGAUAUUGCAUCCAAUGAUCUAGUUAAUGAACCAACUGCUAAGAAUGCGCAUGUAAUGCAUGUAGUUAAUGUUGAUGGCUUAAAAACAGUUCCUCCUAAAUCUAUUAGAGUUCCCAAGUCCAAUAAAAGCUUUGGUUUGUUAGCUAGCAUUGGAGUAAAAAAAUGCAGUUCGUUAACACCUAGGUGCAAACGUUUUUACAAAUUGACAACAAAUGUGAUAAAAAAAUAUCGUCGAAUGAAUACGAAAAAGGCAUUAUUUAAAACACGGUUACGGGAAGCUGACAAAUUUGCCAACAGCUAUUUAAUUGACAAAUUCUCUGACAAACUUUCUGCUGCUGCAUCACUUUUUACAAGACUUCAAAUCCGGGAAUCAAACAAAAAGAGUAAUGGUCGUCGAUUUUCACUAGAAGAAAAAAUGCUGAGCCUCUCGUUGUAUAAAAGAAGUCCGAAAUGUUAUAGACUCUUAUCGCAAAUGUUCACGUUGCCUUCCAAAAGAACACUUAAUGUUAUCUUAGGCAGUAUAACAAUAAGUCCUGGUAUUUCUCCGUUGAUGAUGGAUGUGUACUGUACAGUAUUAUUUGAUGAAGUGUGUUUGUCGAGUGGUAUAACUUACAAUCCAGUAACUGACAAUAUUGAUGGGUUUGUUGAUACAGGAAUGUAUAAAAGCCAAAAUGUUGCAGACCAUGCGUUGGUUUUUAUGGUACGAGGUAUUAAAAAAAAAUUUAAACAACCUGUUUCUUAUUCAUUUUGUCAAGGGGCAACAAAACACGAUGAAUUGGUUCGUCAGUUAAAAGAGGUAAUUAGUUUGAAUAUAUUAUGAUUCAUACAGUUAAUACAUGUAUUUUUUUUGUCAUAAUAUGUUAUAGUAUAAUAUAGGUGUUUAAUAAUGAUGUGAUGUAUAUUCAUAGGUUAUUCAGAAAGUACACGAUACUGGUUUACGAGUAGUAGCUACAAUAAGUGACCAAGGUUCGGCUAAUGUAAGUGCCAUAAGCAAUUUGAAACGAGAGACGAGGGCUUCGCAUUUAAAAAAUAAUACUGCUUACAAUGAUGAAUUUUAUGAAGUUCAAUUGAAAAAUAAACAACUUUUGAAAUUGGUCCACAUUUAUGAUGUCCCACAUUUAAUGAAGUGCAUCAGAAACAAUUUAAUGACGAAAAACUUAAUAUUUUAUGUUGAUGAUAUUAAGAAAGAAGCAAAAUGGUCUCAUUUGGUAGAGUUGUAUAAUGUUGAUAGUCAAACACCAGAUUGUAAGAUGUUGCCAAGACUUACAGAUCAGCACAUCAUUCCCGAGAAAGUUAAAAAAAUGAAAGUGAAAUAUGCUACACAAGUGUUUUCACAACGAGUAGCGUCCACAAUGAAUUUUUUAGCUUGUAAGUGUAGUAUGUUAUAUAUAUAUAUAUAUACAAGGCU